AGUCAGGCCUGUAUCAUCUUCCCCAAGGCCAACGAAACUACCAAAUCUUCCCUCUAUAUAAGUAGCGCCAAACCAGAGUUACACUCCCGAGAGAGAAACAAGUAAUAAAAAGUGGGGUGGCAUCAAUAUUGAUAUGGGUGAAGAGGUGAAGGUUUUUGGAGCAUGGGGAAGCCCUUUUAGCAGUAAGGUAGAGCUGGCUUUGCGGUUGAAAGGCGUUCUAUAUGACUACAUAGAAGAAGACUUGAAUAACAAGAGCUCUUUGCUUUUGCAAUACAAUCCAGUUUAUAAGAAAGUCCCGGUUCUUCUUCACAAUGGAAAAUCAAUUACAGAGUCGAUUAUUAUACUUGAAUACAUUGAGGAAACUUGGAAAGCCUAUCCCAUCUUGCCACAAGAUCCUAAUGACAAAGCCAUGGCUCGAUUCUGGGUCAAUUUCAUUGAUGGCAAGUGCUCGUCUGCCAUUAGGAAAGUUGCAUUUAGCCCUGAGGAGGAGAGAGAGAAGGCAGUGGAAGAAGCUUGUGAGUGUCUGAAAACAGUUGAAAGUGCACUGAAUGGAAAGAAAUUCUUUGGUGGGGAUACAAUUGGAAUGGUAGACAUUGUUGCCCUUUUUAUUGCCUUUUGGCUUAGACCCUUUCAAGAAAUUAAGGGGUUGGAGCUGUUGUCAUCUGAGAAAUUCCCCAACUUAUUCAAAUGGACUGACGACUUUGUUAGUUGCAGCAUUGUUACGGAACUUUUGCCUCCUAGAGACAAAUUAGUAGCCCAUAUCAAAGCUCAUCUUUCCAAAUGAUUGUCUCGUUUGUAUUGCCUGCUUUCCUGUGUAAUCUUACUUGCUCUUGUUUUCAACCCAAACAUAAAUAAUGCAAUCCUGAUUACAAGGUCA